AUGGAAAGCAAGAGCACAGAUGGAAAGCAAGAGCACAGAUGGAAAGCAAGAGCACAGAUGGAAAGCAAGAGCACAGAUGGAAAGCAAGAGCACAGAUGGAAAGCAAGAGCACAGAUGGAAAGCAAGAGCACAGAUGGAAAGCAAGAGCACAGAUGGAAAGCAAGAGCACAGAUGGAAAGCAAGAGCACAGAUGGAAAGCAAGAGCACAGAUGGAAAGCAAGAGCACAGAUGGAAAGCAAGAGCACAGAUGGAAAGCAAGAGCACAGAUGGAAAGCAAGAGCACAGAUGGAAAGCAAGAGCACAGAUGGAAAGCAAGAGCACAGAUGGAAAGCAAGAGCACAGAUGGAAAGCAAGAGCACAGAUGGAAAGCAAGAGCACAGAUGGAAAGCAAGAGCACAGAUGGAAAGCAAGAGCACAGAUGGAAAGCAAGAGCACAGAUGGAAAGCAAGAGCACAGAUGGAAAGCAAGAGCACAGAUGGAAAGCAAGAGCACAGAUGGAAAGCAAGAGCACAGAUGGAAAGCAAGAGCACAGAUGGAAAGCAAGAGCACAGAUGGAAAGCAAGAGCACAGAUGGAAAGCAAGAGCACAGAUGGAAAGCAAGAGCACAGAUGGAAAGCAAGAGCACAGAUGGAAAGCAAGAGCACAGAUGGAAAGCAAGAGCACAGAUGGAAAGCAAGAGCACAGAUGGAAAGCAAGAGCACAGAUGGAAAGCAAGAGCACAGAUGGAAAGCAAGAGCACAGAUGGAAAGCAAGAGCACAGAUGGAAAGCAAGAGCACAGAUGGAAAGCAAGAGCACAGAUGGAAAGCAAGAGCACAGAUGGAAAGCAAGAGCACAGAUGGAAAGCAAGAGCACAGAUGGAAAGCAAGAGCACAGAUGGAAAGCAAGAGCACAGAUGGAAAGCAAGAGCACAGAUGGAAAGGCGCUCAACUGCUGAGGUCAUUAGCGCCAAGUCACUGUUGUUAGAGCACAUGGAAUCUGUUACAACUCAAGGGGUUGGGGGGACACCAGAAGGACAUGACAAAGAUGCAGAUAAAAUAAGUAAAAAGUAUGAGGAAGUAAUCCUAUGGGAGACAGUACCUGAUAACAACAAAAGCAACAACAAUAAUGACAACAAUUACAAUGAUGAUGGAACAGAUGAUAGCCUAGUCAAAAGUAAGGGGAGAACACAUGAUGAUGAUGAUGAUGAUGAUGAUGAUGAUUUGUUUGUGUGA